AUGUUGCGCGCUGCUGAUUACCCACAGGCCACACAACAUGCCUUUCUAUCAUACUAUCGUGAUGCCAUAUGCCCCCUCCUCGGCGAUGCCCCGGACGUCAGUGAUCCAAGUCAGGCCUUGAGCUGGACGUGGGAUGGGUCGACACACGAGUACAGCUUUGAGUUUAAGAAAGGGGACGACAAACCUGAGGUCCGCUUCGUGCUCGACGCCUGCCGCUUGCGCCCGGUAGAUGCAUCCAAUCCGCUUAGUCCGCUGCCAACGGACAUGCUCAUUGAGACGUUUGCAUCUCGUACCCCUGGAUUCGACAGCACGUGGUACCGCGCACUCAAACGGCACUUCGACUACUCACACCUGCCAGCAGACGAACAACAUCGACUGUGCGCCGAGGCUGGACACAUGUCUCCAUUCCUCGUUGGCUUCGACAUCGGCCGCGAGGUCCCAGCGCCUUGGACGCUCCCCGUUGUAGGCAAGGCCUACUUCCUCCCAUGUUUUGCGGCAGCUGCUGAGAAGACCACGCGUUUUGCCACUAUCUGUGCCGCCAUUCGCUCCAUACCAGACAUCGACGCGAGACCCAACAUCCUUUCAUCUCUUUGUGCUAUCGAGGCCUACCUAAAAACCAAGCCACUUGACUGGAUGAACGGUGCACGCUUCCUCGCCACCGACUUUCUGUCACCAGAUGAGGCGCGCCUGAAGAUCUAUUUGCGCUGCCCCAGCACAAACUUUGAAGAUAUCUGGGACUAUUUCACUCUCGGUGGGCGGAUUCCUGGGCUAGAAGAAGACAAGGAGAAGUACCGCGACUUUAUAGAUUUGCUAGGCGGUGUCGCCUCCCGCACUUCCGGAGACAACAGCAAAGAUGAAGGCAUCGAAACGGACAGCCGUCGCAAACUUACGACUCUUUACUUCUCGAUAGACAAUCGGACUGCCAUUCCCUCGCCAAAGAUUGCCUUCUGUGCACGCAACUUUGCGGUAAAUGACACGGUGGUGGCGCAGGGCUUGGACACCUGGUUCACCAAGUACGGGUGGAGUUGUGAUGAGCGUUCGUCAGUCGAAGACCUGGUAACAAAGGCCUUCACACACCGCUCAUUGGACAAAAAGUCUGGAAUCUUCACCUUCAUUGGCUUGGCUCGCAAGAACCCCACAAAGCCUGACCUGAGUAUUCAGACGUAUUUGUGCCCGGAGCUGUAUCACAGCCCGAGGGGUGUUGUUGAGCUUGCGAGGUUUGAAGACCUUGGGACAACACGACCUGUCCACUCCAAGGUCCCUUCUGAAACAGCUCUCAAGGUGUUCUAGUAAAAUGAGAAAACAGACUUAUUGUUCCGGAAGCUUCAUGCGCAGAGGGUCAGAUAUCCAGAUAGUCCAAUUCACGACAUUUGUUAUUCCUUAUUGACAAAACAAAUAUCAGGGACUUAAAUUGGUC